UGGACCUCACCGCCGAUCCAACUGCCCAAUUCGGCCAAAGAAUGCAGCAUCUCAUGUAUGUCAAAACCGAGCGCCGAAUCUGUUUCAGCGAGUCGGGAAGGUCUGCAGUGACUCCCGAGCAUUACCUGGAGUGAGUCACACCCGAAUUUGGGAUCCCUCCCCAGGCCGCGGCGAGGGUCCGCAGAGACAGCGGGCGGGGGUGGGGGGCUCGCUCAGAAGCCAGCCCGUUCCCGGCCGGCCCUCCCACGCCCACCCCGGGAUCAAAGGGAACCUGUGGGUGGCCCGGUCCACAGGGGAUGGGCCUCGUGGGUGGCCACCCCAUAAAACCCACAACUCCAUCCCGCUCCCGAAACACACCCACACGGACUAACGCCCCGCCCUCCCUUCACCCACGACCUCACCCAGCGCCCCAAAACGCGCGCACGCCCGGCCCGCCAGCCCCAUCCCUUUCCCCGCCCCGCGGCCUUCCGCCCGCCCUCCUCCGGCCAGCGGCCAGUCGGCGUCCUCCAGCCUCUUCUCUCCGCCUCACUCCCCUCCCGCCCCGCCGUCGGGCCCGCAGGGCUCCCGGCUCGCUCACCGCCUCCUCCAGGUCCAUAACUGCGUCGCCGCCGCCGCCGUCCCCGCCGGACCCGUUACCCCGGCAGCGAGCGCAGCUUCCGGGCCCGUUACCCAGGCAGCGAGCGCAGCUUCCGGGAGCGCCGGCAGGAACCCGCCGGGCGGAAACCGAGGCCGCGGCUUCGGGUUCCGGACGCCUGGGGAUGCGGGGUCGUCUCCGCCCGCUCCGGGAGGGAAGCUCCGCCACCCCUGCAGCCCCCUCCCAGACUUCAUGCCUUUCUCCAGUCCAGGAAGAGAAACAGAGACUCAGGAGGUCAAGCCAGGUCAUGCGGCCAGCAGGAGGACGAGGGGCAAUCUCGCUCAGUUCUGUCUGCUCUAAAGAGCCUGCUCACCCUGCUCCCCGGGCAAUCUUAAGAGGCUGGUUACAAUCGUUCCUGCUUUUCAGAAUGAGAAAAUUAACACCGGACAAGAGAAAGCAGCCCAAACAUCACCACUGAUAAAACGGGUAAUCCGGAAUUUUUACGCAUUUCUGUGUGUCUCUGAAGCUGGGGAACGAGUGAAAAGGAAAGGGUCAUGUUCUGUACGCGUAGCGAAAACUCUAGAAGGAAACACCAAAAUGUCAACGGUGCUUCUUUCCGAGGGGUGGGGCCGCAGGGAUUUCUGGUGCAUUGCGCACUUUCCCAUCUCCCGCCUUCUCUCUUUGCCUGGACUUCGGUGCAGAGGAAGACAUCGAUCCAUUCCUUGGUCCUUGGGAGACAGUCAUCACUGGUCUGUAAGAAACCUGUCUUGAGCUUCCUUUAGGAUGGGGCUAGAGGGUAUAAUGCUAAGCGAAAUCAGUCAGUCAGAGGAAGACAAACACCAGAUGAUCUUACGCAUGUGGGAUCUAAGAAACAAAAGAAACGAGCAAAGGGGAAAAAGAGAGAUGAAUCAAGAAACAGACUCUCAACUCUA